GCCGGCUCGGCCCAGCCCUGCCCGCAGCUGCGGCAGCCGGGCUUGCGGGUGGCGGCGGCGCUCGGAGCCGGCUCCUGACCGCCCUCCGCCGCUGCCCAGUUUCUCAUUCUGUCCUGGUGCCCACGGCCGGCUCGGUCAGCCCUCGCCCGCCGCCGCUUCCCCCGCCAUGGCCCUGGUUCGGGGCGCCGAGCCGGCGGCGGGGCCCUCCCGCUGGCUACCCACGCACGUCCAGGUUACGGUUCUUCGGGCCCGCGGGCUGCGGGGCAAGAGCUCGGGCGCGGGCAGCACCAGCGACGCGUACACGGUGAUCCAGGUGGGCCGCGAGAAGUACAGCACAUCGGUGGUGGAGAAGACGCAGGGCUGCCCCGAGUGGCGCGAGGAGUGCUCCUUCGAGCUGCCGCCCGGCGCCCUGGACGGCCUGCUGCGGGCGCAGGAGGCCGACGCGGGCCCGGCGCCCUGGGCCGCGGGCUGCGCCGCCGCCUGCCAGCUGGUGCUCACCACCAUGCACCGCUCACUCAUCGGCGUGGACAAGUUCCUGGGCCAGGCCACGGUGGCGCUGGACGAGGUCUUCAGCGCAGGCCGCGCCCAGCACACGCAGUGGUACAAGCUGCACUCGAAGUCGGGCAAGAAGGAGAAGGAACGCGGGGAGAUCCAGGUCACCAUCCAGUUCACGCACAACAACCUCAGCGCCAGCAUGUUCGACCUGUCCGUGAAGGACAAGCCACGGUCCCCCUUCAGCAAGAUCAAGGACAAGAUGAAGGGCAAGAAGAAGUUUGAUCUGGAAUCCGCCUCCGCCAUCCUCCCGAGCAGCGCCCUGGAGGACCCCGAGCUGGGCAGCCUGGGCAAGAUGGGCAAAGCCAAAGGCUUCUUCCUGCGGAACAAGCUGCGGAAGUCCUCCCUGACCCAGUCCAACACCUCGCUGGGCUCGGACAGCACCCUGUCCUCGGCCAGCGGGAGCCUGGCCUACCAGGGCCCCGGCACCGAGCUCCUCACGCGCUCGCCCAGCCGCAGCAGCUGGCUGUCCUCCGAAGGGGGCAGGGACUCUGUGCAGUCCCCCAAGCUGCUCACCCACAAAAGGACCUACAGCGACGAGGCCAGCCAGAUGCGAGCCACUGCUCCCCGGGCCCUUCUUGAUCUUCAGGGCCACCUUGAUGGGGCCUCCCGCUCCUCCCUCUGUGUCAACGGGAGCCACAUUUACAAUGAGGAGCCCCAGGGCCCCCCGCGGCACCGCAGCUCCAUCUCGGGCCCAUUUCCACCCUCCAGUUCCCUGCACAGUGUCUCUUCCCGGCCCUCCGAGGAGGGGCCGCGGUCUGCAGAUGACUCCUGGGGCAGGGGCAGCCGCCGCACCAGCAGCUCAGAGGCGGUGCCUGGACAGGAGGAGCUGAGCUCUCAGGCCAAAGUGUUGGCUGUUGGGGCCAGCCGCUCUACAGAGGAGGCGGGGGCCCGGCCCCCAGAGGGGAAACCAGUGCAGGUCGCCACACCCAUGGUGGCCUCCUCUGAGGCUGCGUCGGAGAAGGAGGGAGUCCGGAAGGAGGAGCGGAAGCCUCGGAUGGGCCUUUUCCACCAUCACCACCAGGGGCUGAGUCGGAGUGAGAUGGGGCGCCGAGGCUCUCUAGGGGAGAAGGGAGGUCCCAGUCUGGGGGCCUCCCCCCACCACUCGUCCAGUGGGGAGGAAAAGGCCAAAAGUAGCUGGUUUGGCUUGAGAGAAGCCAAGGAACCAACUCAGAAACCCAGCCUGGACGUGUCUCCUCAGGUAGAAUCUGACCCAGCUGCUCCUCCUCACCACCUCCCCUGCUCCCCCUGUGCUCCGGCCCCCCCCACUCCUGCUUCCACCACUGCUCCCAUGCUAAGCACUAACCUUCCUUCAGCUGCCUCCCCCGCUGCUGCCACUGCUGCCGCUGCCACGGCCAUCCCUGAAGCCACCCCAGCUGGAUUCCUGGGUCUCACCAACCCGUUCCUCACCUCCCUGCAGAGCAACCCUUUCUUCGAGGAACUCAUAGCCGACAUAGCACUAAACUCUCCUUCACCUGCUCCCUCUCUCCCUAGUGCCUCGAGGGCCAGCCCCAUCCCCCUGGCCUCCCCUGGGAAAGCCCUGACUGAGUGGGACGACACCUUCAACGUCUUUGCUGCCAGCAGGCUGCGUCCAGAGGCCAGGAGUGAGACACUGGCCCCUGCAGGAGUGGGGCUGGAGGUGACUGGGCUGCACGACCCAGACCCCGGGGCCGUGACAAUGAAGGCAGCCGAGCCCCAAGGGGACCCCGGGGGAGGAGGAAGAGGUGGGAGCAGCAUGUGGCUGGAGCCCAGAGCUCCUCUGGACUUGGGACUGGACCACCAGAGCACGAGUGCGGCUGACCUGGGGCCCCUCAGGUCAGAAGGGGCUGGCCUGCCCUCCUCAUCAGCUCGGCUGCACCCAAGAGCCUCAGACUCCGAAGCAGACAGGGAGUUGCCGGCCCCAGGAGGGGAAGCGGAGCAGAGUCCAGCAGACAGUGCAACGUCUCUCUUUAGCUCCCCAGAAGUGAUCAGUGUGUGGGAGAGGCUGCCUGGCCCAGACAGCGCCCCUGAGGACCAGGACAAGGAGGCCUCCCGAGGUGGAAGCCAGCUUUUCCACGAGCUCAGUACAGUCGAUGACUCCUGGCCGUGGGAUGUGGUCACCAUUUCGCCUGCAGCUGAGACGUCCUCACCAGUCCUGCGGGGAGAGUCUGAUGAGCUGCCUCCUCCCCAGAUGCAGCCAGAGUCACCAGAACCUGUGAGCCCCAAGAGGAGCGAGGGGCUUCCCUCACUGGAGCUGGAGCCAGAGCCCAAGCCCAAACCCCAGUGGGUGCUGGGUGAGGGGCUGCAGCCCAGAACGCCACCUCCCAAGCCACCGCGUCUCUUCACACCGUCAAAUUCCCAGGAAAAGGAGGAGGCGGCCACAGAGGAAGAGAUGGAGAAGGCAGUGGGGGUGCUGAGUAGCAGGGGGUCAGAGAUGGGAGAAGAUGGCUUCCCAAGUACGCUGGUUGCUGGUCCCCACGAGGCCAAGGAGGAGGGUGCGAAGCCUGAGCUGGAGUCUGACAGCCGCCCUUCUGGAACCACGCUGGGUACAGCAGACCUGGAAGAUCUAAUGGAGGAAGCCAGCCGUCCUGUGUCUGGGCCCUGCCAAUCUCUGCCCACCAGCUGCCCUCAGGGCCCUGCCCCCACACCCUGUUACUCAAAGAGCUUGGCUUUUCAGAAUCAGCAGAUCGGAGGGGCUCCAGAGAGAAAAGAAGGCCCUGAGGCUCCUGAGGCCCAGAGCCAGGAACCAGCAGGAGAGGGGCGUGGGUCCCUGCCAGGCAGCUCCCUACAGGCUGACUUGUGGGCCUCGGAGGGGGAUGCCUUGAACCCCUUCUCGUCUCAGGGGAGCCAGGAUCCCCCCAGUCUCCCAUCUAUAUCUCCUCCAGGGUCCAGGGAAUCUUCCAUCCACUCCGGUUCAGAAGAGCUGCCCACUCCCCCAGAGCCUGCCUUUCCACCGCCCCCUCUCCCACCCUGGGCCAGCCACCGCCACGGGGGGCCCAGCCCUCCAAGCUCUCCCCUGCCUGGAGCCUGGCCCCUGACCUCUUCCUCCCAGCCCCCCGGGGAGCCAGCCUCCCCCACUAGGAGCUCCCCAACCCCACUUGGGGAGGACCACGCUGCAGUCACCCCAGCCUCCCCGCUUGCACUUCUGCCCUUGGAGACACGACCAGCUGAGGAGCCACAGCCCAGUGCCAGUCCCCACCCUGUGAAGCCCCUCAGUGCUGCCCCAGUGGAGGGCAGCCCUGACAGGAAGCAGCCCCGCUCCAGUCUGAGCACAGCCCUGAGCAGCGGGCUGGAGAAACUCAAGACAGUCACAUCCGGCAGCAUCCAGCCUGUGGCCCUGGCCCCCCAGGUGGGCCAGACCGUGGAUGCCAAGAGGCUGAAGGACUCAGGGGUGCAGGACCAGUCGGCCAGAUACUACCACCUGACGCACGACGAGCUUAUCGGCCUGCUCCUGCAGCGGGAGCGGGAGCUGAGCCAGCGGGACGAGCACGUGCAGGAGCUGGAGAGCUACAUCGACCGGCUGCUGGUGCGGAUCAUGGAGACCUCACCCACACUGCUGCAGAUCCCCCCCGGUACCCCCAAGUAGUCCCCUUCACUCCCGUUCCUGGAAGGGGUGGCCUAGCCCCACUCCCCAACAGGGCUCACGCCAUCCCUCCCUCCCGCUGAACUCACUCUCACCCGGGUCUGGGUGCAGCCUGUCCUCCGUUGUCACCCCCUCCUCCCCCUCUCUCCUGCCUCAGCUGGGCUGCUGGAAGUGGGCCCUUUGGACUCCCAUUGGCAGCAUCAAGUUCUGAGUACAAUUUAUGUGUCUUUUGGAGCCCUGGGUUUUUCCCAUCUGCCUGUUUUCAUACCCCUUAGCUUUGGGGGCUCCAGGGAAUUGGAACAAAGAGUUUAGCCCACAGGAUGGAGCAGGGGUGAGCUGCAGUUCGAUGUGGUGUCUGGGACAUACUUUAUGACCCCCAGUUUUUCCAUGGCUGAACCCUUGUCCUCUCCAUCUCCCUCCAGCCUCUGGAGUGCUCCUAGUAUUACUGGGGCUGUGGCAGGGACCAAGCUGCUCAGUUGUCUGUGAGUUUUGGGCAACCAGGGCACCUGCUUUUCAGCCUCAUGUCUGUUCCUUCCCCCAGGAGCAGGGAGUCUGCGUGGUCUAGUCUCGUCUCUGCUGUGUCCUGACUGCUUGUUUUUCAGCUGUUUGCGGUGCGAGUGCGGGGUGGAAGGAGGGAGGUGAUGUGUGUGCUCCAGGCCACUCCCCACCAUCCUCUUCUGACUUUUGCAUUGAGUGUCAUGUGUGAAUGUGUGGAGAGCUGGGACAGGUUGGCAGGAAGUGCUCCUUCACCCACCUCCAAGGGGUGGGCGCCUCUGGGCUUUGGACUGCUUAUGCUUGGGGACCAAACCUCCAACUCUGUUCUGGUUGCCUGUCCAGAUGCCAAAACUCUGUGCUGCUGCCGGGUUUGAACUUUUGGAAACCGAUUAAAAUGUGCCUUUUGUGGGUGGGGUCAAAAGCCUCUGGAUAUAGACCUCUCCCUCUGUGUGGUGUCCCCCUUCCCUCCUGUUGAGCACAUGGGGUUGGAUCUGUUCGGGUCCUGGGAAUAAGAAAGGAGGAUGGGGGCAGCCCCGCCACAUGCUCUGCCCCUGCCUUAGAAUUCAUUUCCGCUAAGGUUCUGGCCAAGCUGCUGCUGCUCCCUCACCCUCCCUGCCAUCUUCUCCUCCUCCCUCAGCCCCAACUGACGAGUGUCCUCGCAUAAAAACUAGAGUCUAGAAGUUGGGGGGGGGGUCCCCACUCUGCCUACACUUAGCAAAAAGCCUUUGUUGCCCUCCCAUCGAUCCACUAGGUGCUGACCAGCCUGCCCGUUCUGCCCCAUUGCCUUGCCUGGCUUGGCUACAGUGCACUUUGAAACAAAGUGCCUGUCCUUUGGCCCAGCCCCUGGUUUGCUUGAAGAAAACAUGGCAGGCUUCCCUGUGGCUCCUGCAGGGAACCUUUGGUGGCUGGGGGCACUCUGCCUCAGCAGAAGUUGUUGGGGGCAGGAGGUGCUGAAGGAGGGUACUUUUGGCCCAAUGAGGAGGUGAGAGCUUCCGUGAGAUCCCCUCUUCAUGAGAUGGCCUGUGGGAUCACUUGGAAAGCCUUGGAAGGGGAUGUGUUCUGUGGGUGAUGUCUUCCUUCUAACAGCAGGAAGCAGAGGAGUCCCACACAUGGGGAAAAGCCCCUGUCAUGUCAUCUACCUUAAGAACCACUUGUCAAAGCUGAGGAGUGUCCACAGGUGCUCAAGACUGUGGCCAUGUUUUAGGGGUCACUGGGGGUUGGAUGGAUGUCUCUUCACUCCUCCACUAGGUGUCCCUUUGGACUCUGUUCAGUCCCGGUCCUGACCCUGGUCUUGCACUCACCCUUGAUUAUGGGCCUCCAAAAUGCCCAGAGCAGGGGGAUGUCUUCAGAAGAGAUCUGAGCUGAAGCCCAGGGUUCUUGUUGGCCGUUUCGGCUCCGGGCCGCAACUUGGUGGAGAGCUGCAGGUGGGGUGGGCAGGGAGCAGGCACAGUUCUGCUUUUGCUGUUUGUCUUCGUAGUUGUAACUCCUGUUUAUAAAGAGCUUGUUCUUCAUGUUUUGAGCACUUUAUGAAGAAUAAAAAAUUAACAUACUG